AAACCGAGUUACCGAGCUAACCGGCUAAUUUAACAACUUUAUUCUUUAUUUUAUUUUAUUGUAUUUACACGUGUUAGAAAUGAAAGAUGUAUUUCUACAAGAAUACAGUAGAACAGUGAAGUGAAGGUGUUUGUAUUAGCCGAAAUAACAUCUGAUGUUUUCUGGCUGAUGAGCUGUAAAACAGAGAUAGGUCAAGGUCACAGUGGAUCAGGGGCCACGCCGAAACACUGGGCACAAGACAUCCUCACUCACACAGAGACAGUGUAGAGCAGCCAAUCCACCUUCCGCAUGUUUCUGAGACAUGGGUGAAACUAGAGGACCCGGAGGAAACACAAACACUUACAGGCGGUGACCAGAAUGAAUUUCAGGACCCAUGUUUGGACAUACUCAUGUCCCCCGUGCACUCAGGCCACCUCUGCUGGCAGCACCUGGUCCUCGCUUGCUGAUAAGAACUGCAGCCUGACCGACCGAUGGCGAGUUAACCAACCCAAACUCUUCCACCAACAUGGAGCUGUACGAGCAGAUCCUCACACUGGGUCGGGGAGCCGCGGGUCUCGUCCUCCUCAUGAGGCACAGAGACAGUAAGAAGCUCUUCGCUGUGAAGAGGAUCCAGGUGGACGACUCGAGGAGGACCAGGACGAAGGACAGCGUGCUACAGGAGGCUGAGAUCCUCAGAAAACUCCGGCACCCUCACAUCGUAUCAUGGAGCGACACUUUCUUCGAUCCGACCCACGAUCACGUCUACAUCGCCAUGGAUUACUGCGACGCCGGAACCCUGGACGACCAGAUCAAAGCCAGGAAGGCAGGAGGAUAUUUCCCGGAGCACGUCGUGAUGAACUGGUUCGUUCAGGUCGUCAUGGCAGUCGCGUACGUCCACUCGAGGAGGAUCCUGCACAGAGACAUCAAACCCUCCAACGUCCUGCUAACCAAGAGAGGGACGAUCAAGUUAGGAGACUUCGGGAUCUCAAAGAUACUGAAUCGCACGCUGGACGUGGCGUCUACCUGCGUGGGGACGCCGAGUUACCUGAGUCCCGAGCUGUGCCAGGACGUCCCGUACAGCACCAAAUCGGACGUCUGGGCGCUCGGGUGUGUCCUGUACGAGCUCUGCGCUCUCAGACCGGCGUUCAGCGCUAAAAACCUGCUGAAUCUGUUUUACAGGAUCAUUAAGGGUGAGUACAGCCCGGUGCAUGCUGGGUACUCCAGUAACCUGCACACGCUGAUCCAGACGCUGCUGUGUUCGGUUCCUGAGGACCGGCCGAGCGCCGGCGGCAUCCUGACCACGCCCUACGUACAGGAGCAUCUGGAACACUUCGUUCAGGACCAGGAGACAGAACUGAUGAAGAUGAGCGGCGACUCUGGAGCCUCCGCUGAAGAUUUAACGUUAACCCGCUCACACACUCCUCACCUGGAGGAGCCACGCCCGGGUACACCUGAGAGCAGAGCCGAGGAGGAGGAGGAGGAGGAGGAGGCGGCGGCGGCGGUCAGCGCCGGGGACGAGACUGAAUAUCCGGAGGAUUUCGAUGAGAACGAGAGUUUUUCCUCAGUUGAGGAUGUUUCGGGGAGGGAAGCUUCACCUCUCAGUCCUGAACAUGAGGGCGCGGCUCAGGAGCUGCAGGCGUUGCAGGAUGAUGUGGACUCCUCUGAGUACCCGGAUGAUUUUGAGGAUGAGGAUGACCUGGCUGAGGUGGUGAACUGUGCCCGUAAUGCCAUGCGCUCUCUGUCUGAGUGUGAUGCGGCUGAGCUGAUGGACGCCGGCGGCUCUACGGUUACCGUGAGGAUCCUGAGAGAGAAAUACAUCGGGGACGUUGGACCUUCACUUUAUGAGGAAAUCAGUGAGCAUUUCACAAACGGCCUAAAACCCGAGGAUCUUCAGCCCCAGUUCCAGCACAUGAUCGGCUCCGAUCACCUGGAGACCUGCUACCUGAUAUUCAAUAUCGACCAGGAGACCACAUGCUGAGCACACAGCAGUGUGUGGGUCACGGUACCAGGAAUAAUGGAGAGGAAUAAAAGGAAAAUCUGGACCAGUGAUGUCACUGUGUCUGUAUUAUGCAGAGAGAGAUCGCUGUCUGAAAAAUCCCAAAAAAUAAACAUACAGGCGUAAACUGGAAGGUUUAUGAUUUAUGGACAGUGUAGGGGCGGCACGGUGGCUCGGUGGGUAGCACUGUCGCCUCACAGCAAGAAGGUCCGGGUACUUUCUGUGUGGAGUUUGCAUGUUCUCCCCGUGUCUGUGUGGGUUUCCUCCAGUCCAAAAACUUGCAGUCAGGUUAAUUGGAGACUCUGAAUUACCCUAUAAGUGAAUGUGUGUGUGUGUGUGUGUGUGGCUGCCCUGUGAUGGACUGGCCCCGUCCAAGGUGUUACUGUGUGCCUUGCGCCCAUUGAAAAGCUGGGAUAGGCUCCAGCACCCCCCGCGACCCUGAUUGGAUAAGCGGUUAAGAAAGUGAGUGAUUGAGUGAGUGGACAGUGUAGGGAAUAUUGUUCAGAUCUAAUCCUGCAUAGUUUGGACACAGUGAUGUCAUCGGUCCAGUUUUUUCCUCAAUUACUGGUUUUGAGAGUCUCUUUUUUUUAUUCUCAGUUUGGAUAUACUCUAUUCCCCUGUGCACUUGACCUCUGCCUGCAGCCUGACGUCCUCAUUGGCCAAACAGAGUCUCAGGUCUUUUCUCUUAAAUAUAUGCAAGAUUGUGUCUGUUGAGUGCCCAGUUAGGCUGGUAGCACCACCACGACUCUGUGUAUUAGACUGCUGCGCCUGGCAUUACUGAGUCUAGUCUAAUAUUUAUAAAAUAGCCAUGCAUGACUGUUUUCAUUUUAUAAGCACUUAAUUAUAUUUCUUUAUUUAACAGAACCCUGUAUAAUCUGUAUAAUCUGUAUGAUUUAUAAUCUGUAUGAUUUAUAUUUUUGCUGUAGUUUAGGUGUGUUAUAUAUUUAAACACUUUCUUCAGUAGCGCGACCUGAAAUGUCCAGCAGAUGGCAGCAUGUAGAGCAAAAUGGAGUGGAAAACAAGUUAAAGCACGCAGUGUUUAUAAACCUGGAGCUUCCACUUUCUAUCCAGCUGUUUGUAUUUAAUGAUGAUUAAAAUCAAGAUCCAA